CCCACAUUCUUCCCGGUCCAAAGGCUCCGGAGACCGGGGUGUCCUCCCAUGCCGCCUCGCCGCAGAGUGGACGCGGCGGUCGGUCGGCGGAAGGCGGACGUGUCGGCGCCGUCAUGAUGCUGAUGGGCGAGCAGGCCGAGCGACCUUUGACACCGCCCACCGCCACGCAGCAACUGCUUCAUCCCCGAGGGAGGCGUUCCGGGGCGGAAAAAGAAGCUCAGAGGAGACGAAGAAGACCCGCAGACCUCCAGCUGGCUUUGGACACCGAACCGGAAACCAGCGAGAGUGGGAAGAAGACCACCGGAAGCCGCAGACUGAACCCCGUGGAGCAGCUGUCACCCGUGACCAGUCCCACCCGGAAGAAGUCUCCGUCCGUGCAGGUGCGUCACUCAGGUGUUGGGGUGUGUCCUCCCGUGCAGCGUGUGUCCAAGACCACCGCUCACUUCCACAAGCUCUUCAAGGAGGUGGGCCGAGACCAGGCGCUCCAACAAAGCUACACCUGUGCCCUGCAGAAGGACAUCUUGUACCAGGGGAGGAUGUUUCUCUCUCAGAACUGGAUCUGCUUCCACUCCAAGGUCUUUGGCAGAGACACCAAGAUCGCCAUCCCGGCGGCGUCAGUGACGCUGAUCAAGAAGACCAGGACGGCUCUGCUGGUGCCAAACGCCCUCGUCAUCCAGAGGUCACAUGAUCAGCACGUCUUCGUGUCCUUCCUGUCCCGCAACACCGCCUACAAGUUCCUGCGCUCCGUCUGCGUCCACCUGGAGGUGGAGAAGACGUGCGGCGGCGAUGUUGAGGACGACUUCGGAGCCCGGGUGCCGCCGUCCCUUCCUCGGGCCAGUCGGGAUGUUUUUACCCCCCCGUGGCGUCCAUUGUCCAGCUUCCUGUGCGCACCGCAGGACUUCUCCGGAACCUUCUCUGAUGAGGACGGCGUGGCGCGCCCCGGGCGGCGGGAGACCACGGACAGCAGCAGCUCGGGGUCCCAGACUCCGGACUACGACAAACUAAACGACUUUGCCGGCCUCCCGUUUGUCGUCGGCGGCGUGACGAGCGGAGAAGUUUCCGUCCUGGCUGACGUUCACCUGCAGCCGGCCACAAAAAACGAGGGGUCACCUGGGGGUGAGGCCACACAGGUGCACAAGUUCCGGCGUCACGCGUCCUUGCGCGCCGUCCUGCUACUCUACUUGUUUUUGGCCGGCGUCCUGGUGGCGUCCUCCUGCUACAUGGCCUUCAAGAUGGCGGGCCUGGAGCGUCGUCUGAACUCCAUGUUGGCGGCCGGGGAGCGCCUGCACGGCUCGACCGCAGCGAGGCUUCGGGACGCUGAGAUGGUCCAAGAGCUCGCCGCCAACCUGUUCAAGCUGGACAAGACUUUGUUUGCGCCCACCCCGACUCUGUUUGCGCCCGCCCAGACUCUGUUUGCGCCCGCCCAGACUCUGUUUGCGCCCGCUUGGACUUUGUUUGCACCCGCACUGACUUUGUUGCUCCAACGCAGACUUUACUCUGUUUGCGCCCGCUUGGACUUUGUUUGCACCCGCACUGACUUUAUUGCGCCCAUGCAGACUUUUUUUGCACUCGCCCCGACUCUGUUUGCGCCCGCCCCGACUCUGUUUGCGCCCGUCCAGACUCAGUUUGCGCCCGUCCAGACUCUGUUUGCGCCCGUCCAGACUCUGUUUGCGCUCGUCCAGACUCUGUUUCCGCCCGUCCAGACUCUGUUUGCGCCCGUCCAGACUCUGUUUCCGCCCGUCCAGACUCUGUUUGCGCCCGUCCAGACUCUGUUUCCGCCUGCCCAGACUCUGUUUGCGCCCAUGCAGACUUUGUUUGCGCUCGCCCCGACUCUGUUUGCGCCCGUCCAGACUCUGUUUGCGCCCAUCCAGACUCUUGUUUCCGCCUGCCCAGACUCUGUUUGCGCCGGCUUGGACUUUGUUUACUUUGUUUGCGCCCACCCCGACUCUGUUUGCGCCCGCCCAGACUCUGUUUGCGCCCGCCCAGACUCUGUUUGCGCCCGCUUGGACUUUGUUUGCACCCGCACUGACUUUGUUGCUCCAACGCAGACUUUGUUUGCACCCACACAGCCUCUGUUUGCGCCCGCCCAGACUCUGUUUGCGCCCGCCCAGACUCUGUCUCCGCCUGCCCAGACUCUGUUUCCGCCUGCCCAGACUCUGUUUGCGUCGGCUUGGACUUUGUUUGCACCCGCACUGACUUUGUUGCUCCAACGCAGACUUUGUUUGCGCCCACACAGCCUCUGUUUGCGCCCGCCCCGACUCGACUUAGUUUGCGCCCGCCCCGACUAUGUUUGCACCUGUCCAGACUCUGUUUGCGCUCGCGUUGACUUUGUUUGCACCCGCACUGACUUUGUUGCGCCCACGCAGACUUUGUUUGCGCCCACCCCGACUCUGUUUGCGCCUGCCCAGACUCUGUUUGCGCCCGCCCAGACUCUACUCUGCGCCCGCUUGGACUUUGUUUGCACCCGCACUGACUUUGUUGCUCCAACGCAGACUUUGUUUGCACCCACACAGCCUCUGUUUGCGCCCGCCCAGACUCUGUUUGCGCCCGCCCAGACUCUGUUUGCGCCCGCCCAGACUCUGCGCCCGCUUGGACUUUCCUCUGUUUGCGCCCGCCCAGACUCUGUUUGCGCCCGCCCAGACUCUGUUUGCGCCCGCCCAGACUCUGUUUGCGCCCACCCCGACUCUGUUUGCGCCCGCUUGGACUUUGUUUGCACCCGCACUGACUUUGUUGCUCCAACGCAGACUUUGUUUGCACCCACACAGCCUCAGUUUGCGCCCGCCCAGACUCUGUUUGCGCCCACCCAGACUCUGUUUGCGCCCGCCCAGACUCUGCUUUCGGACAGCAUGGCCGCUCAGGAGCCGUCGCCGCCGUCGUCCAUGGAGAGCAACAAGCCGGGCUUCCCCAAGAAGAUCCUGGGCAACAAGCUGGAGGACAAGCACCUGUGCAACUGCUGCCACAACAUCCUGCGGCGGCCCGUCCAGGCGCAGUGCGGCCAUCGCUUCUGCUCGUACUGCUUCAACCUGGCCGUCAGUAACGGGCCGCACAAGUGCAGCGCUUGCAUCAAGGAGGACAUUUUCGAAGAACCCACGUCUAUCCUGAGACAAGGAUGCGCUUUUCCCGACAACGCAGUUCGCAGGGAGGUGGAGAACCUCUCGGCGCUCUGCAUCAACGAAAGCUGCACCUGGAGAGGAACCAUCAAGGAGUACGAGCUGAACCACGAAGGCAAGUGCGAGUUCAUGGUCGUCCCGUGCCCGUCCUGCAAGGAGCGGAUUCGCUUCAGCGAGCAGGAGCGCCACAGCGAGCGCGAGUGCCCGGAGAGGACGCUCAACUGCAAGUACUGCAAGGAACCCUUUCACUUCAAAAACAUCAAGGCACACGAUGAGAUCUGUCCCAAGUACCCGAUGAUCUGCGAGGGCUGCGCCAAGAAGAAGAUACCCAGGGAGAAGUAUGUGGACCACAUCAAGUUCUGCAGCAAAUUCAGGACGCCGUGUCGCUUUCACGUCGUGGGAUGCGACAUGUCUGUGGAGAAAGAGAAGACUCACGACCACGAGCGUGCGUUUGCCUACGAGCACCUCAACCUGCUGCUGCACUACAUCAUGGGCAUGAAGGUGAGCAUGGAGGGGCUGCAGCCGCAGGGUCUGGAGGUGGCGGGACACAAACUGGUGGAACUGCAGCAGUCCCUCAGGGAACUGGAGGCCCGAGUCUCCCAGCUCAGCACCACCUCCCCCUGGCCUCCCGUGCAGGGAGCCGCCGCCUCCUCGUCCUCCGGCUCGGGCCCGUCCGCCUCGGCGCCCCUGCCGCCGCCACCCACCCUGGCGCCCACCCUCUCCGUGUCUACCUCCUUCACGCCGCUGCCCAGCUCGGUGGGCGCGGCGCUGGAGCUGCAGCUCCACAGCGAGAAGACCAAGGUGGCCGAGCUGGGCCGCCGGUGCACCGAGUUGGAGGUGAAGUCCGGCACCUUUGAAAACGUGGUGUGCGUCCUCAACAGAGAAGUGGAGCGCUUCGCCACCACCAUGGAGGCCAGCAACCGCCAGCACAAGCUGGACCAGGACAAGAUUGAGGCUUUGAGUAACAAGGUGCGGCAGCUGGAGAGGACGGUGGGGCUGAAGGACCUGACGGUGGCAGAGAUGGAGGGUCGGCUGAGGGAGAUGUCUGCCACCACCUUUGAUGGCGUCUUUGUCUGGAGGAUCUCAGAUUUUGCCAAAAAGAGACAGGACGCUAUCGCGGGUCGAGCCCCCGCCAUGUUCUCGCCAGCGUUCUACACCAGCAAGUACGGCUACAAGAUGUGUCUGCGGAUCUACCUGAACGGCGACGGGACGGGCCGAGGCAGCCACCUGUCCUUGUUCUUCGUGGUCAUGCGAGGACUCAGCGACGCCCUGCUCAAAUGGCCCUUCAACCAAAAGGUGACGCUGAUGUUGCUGGACCAGAGCAACCGCGAGCACAUCAUCGACGCCUUCCGCCCCGACGUCACCUCCUCCUCCUUCCAGCGGCCCGUCAGCGAGAUGAACAUCGCCAGCGGCUGCCCGCUCUUCUGCCCGCUCUCCAAGCUGGACGCCAAAAACUCCUACAUCCGCGACGACACCAUCUUCAUCAAGGCCAUCGUGGACCUCACCGGCCUCUAGCGGGGGGGGGGGGAGCUCGGCUUCCAUUGCGAGGGCGUCUCCUUGAACCGGGGCUUCGUUUUGGCGAUCCCCGUAGGACGGCGUUAAGCGUCCCCUUUGCGGCUUUGGGGAGACGAAACGGUCGGCCCCGCCGGGGCGUUGUCGUCGUCGGCGGCGAGAGCGUCCGCCAUCACUGUUUGUGUCGGGCGCCGCACUUCCCCAGGUUUUCUUUCCUCACCUUGGUUUUUGUCUCGCGGGACACCAGAGCGACGGGUUCGGGAGCGGCGUUGAGCAGACGCGGGGACGUCUGGGCGUCGUCGGCGCAGAAUUGGGCCGACAGACGGUUACGAGGCGGUGGCGUUUUUAGCUUCUUCUUCUUCUUCUUCUUCUUCAGAUUGUCGGUAUCGUGAUGCCCUCUCCGUUCUAAUGUUGAGUACUUUUUUGCAUAGACAAACGUGGAGUUAUGUGAUCAACCAGGCUUUUCUUUUUCUUUCAAUAUGGGUGACGUGCAUGCCGAGUGUCAAAGUGCGCCUUAGCUUCAUGAAGCGGCCAUCUCGCCCGCACGUCAGGUUUAGGGUUCCAAGCAGGGUUCGGGUUCAGAA